AUGUAUUCUGUUGGCAUUCUUUGUAUUGUUUUGUUGACACUUACUGCAACAACAAAUGCUGUCCGUUGUCCACCAUUUUUGUGCGCACUUGAAUGUGAAUAUGGGUUUCAGUUUGAUUCACGUGGUUGUCCAGUAUGUAGGUGUCGUACAUUAUCUAAGGAUUGUGUUGAACCUAUUUUUGGUUAUAAUUGUGGCUUAAUUGAUCAUCGUGAUUGCCCUAAUACACAUUAUUGCCAACUCGAGUCGACUGGUCUGCGGGGUCAAUGUUGUUUGGCUGUUGCUUAA